AUGACUUACAUAUUCCAACCAACUGAUUUAGUAUUGGCAAAAGUGAAAGGGUUUUCUGCCUGGCCUGCAAUGAUAAUACCAGAUGAACUUAUUCCAGAAAAUAUAUUACGAGAUAGUCACCAUCAUCACACCAAUAAUCCUGUAGAUCAAACACAAGACGAUGGAAAUCAAAAGUCUUCAAAUAAUAGUAAUAAUAUAAUAAUUAAAAAUGGUCAAUCUUUUAAAAAAUAUGAUCAAUUGAAAUCACAAUAUUGUAUCAAAUUUCUAGCUGAUGAUAGUUAUAGUUGGAUUAAAUCAAUGGAUAUCAAAUUAUUACAAGAUGAAGAGAUUAAUUCAUGGUUAAAUAAUACUAAAAUUAGAAAAAAUAAAAAAUUAAUACCUGCUUACAAAUUUGCACUUAUAAAAGAUAUUAAUAUCAAUGAUUUCGUUGAAUUUGGGUCCAAUUAUAUUAUUGAGAAUCAAGUUGACAAUUCUAUAGAUGAUGCAAAAUUACAAACAAAGAAAGGUAAAGGUAGACCUUCCAGGAAAUCAAAAAAAACUACUUCAAUUGAGGAAACAGAUGACUUAUCGGAAAAGCAAAAUAAUCACAAUUCAAAAAGAAAUCCUAAAACAAAAGAUCAAAGUUCAAUCGAUGACGAUGAGGAGGAAGAGGAAGAAGAAGAAGAUGUUGAUGCUGAACCUAUAAGACAGACCAGAAAACGUGGUAGAAGAUCACAACUAGACAAAAAUGAAACUAAUGAUAGUAAUUCGUUAACUGACACAGAAACCCCACGUAAGCUUAGAACAAGAAGAAAAGUUUCUUAUACAUAUAGUGUUGAAGAUACUAAUGAAACUUUUGAAGAAGAACAAGUCACAAACAAUAGUAAUAACACUAGAUCUCUCAGAAAGAGGGGAAAACCUUCCACUCGAACUCCUGCAUCAGAAGAUGAUAUAAAUGAUGAACAGCCAAGACAAACUAGAACGAGAAGUAGGCGUUUAUCAACUAAAGAGAGUAGUCUCACUCCAGAGGAGCCCGAAAUACCUAAAGUAACUACCAGGCGCUCAAGACAAACUAGAAAGAGAUCAAGUAAUUCUCUAUCCGGAUCUCCUAAUUUAUCUGAAUCAGAAGAACCAAUUCAACCUAAGAAGCAUCUUUCAAGAAAAACUAGAAGAAAAAACACUAUAAAACAACAAGAAGAAGAAGAUGAAGAGGAAUAUGAAGAAGAUGAAGAAGAAGAAGUUCAUAAAAUAGACGAAUAUAAUUAUGAAGAUGAUGAAGAUUGGAGGUUGGUUGGUUUGGGCCCUCAAGAUUUAUCGAUUCAAAAAAAUUCUAGUUCAUUAGUAAAUAAAUUAUCCCAUGCUAAAAAUUUGAAAAAACAUAAUGAAACAAAAUUGGAUUUAUCUGAUAGAAUAUCAGGAAUUAAUGGUUUAUUAAUCGAUUUAAUGAUUUCUAUAAAUACUAACAAGAGUUAUUUGAAUGAAUCUAAGAAUGAUUUUGAAUUGAUUCUCGAUGAACUUGAAAUGACUUUAAAUGUGAAAGGUGCUUCUACUGAGUUUUUCACAAUAUUUAUAUCUAACAAUGAAUUAGUAAUGAACCUGCGAAUGUUAUUGAACAUGAGUUAUACAAAAUUGAAAACUUGGAGAUUAUAUGCAAAAUUUUCAAAGUUUUUUAAGAAAAUUUAUGGGCUAGAAUUUGAACCUGAUAAAGAGGAAUGGACCCCAGUUGAAAAUAAUGCUGAUUUAAAAAUUGAAACAGAGUCACAAGACCAAGAUAUGCCACCAAGUAAUAACGAAAUAAAUCAAAUAGCUAAUUCCGAAAUUCAAGAACUAGAUCAGUAA